AUGGUGUCAAUCGUGUUAUUAACCACAGAAGAGAUCCUUCAAAGAAAUGGAUUCUGGUAUUGUUUGGAUUCUAUUUGGAUUACACAAGAGAUGGAACCGUUUGAAGAAAUAAAACCCGAGCAUCUUUUUUCAAGACCACUUUCAAGGGACGUUUAUUAUGCAAAGCACCCGGAAAUCCCAAGAAGCGAGUCCGAAGAAGAAAUUUCUUUGACUGUACAUGGUUUUAAAAAUAAACACCGAGAAUGGAAAUCUAGGAUAAAUUUAAGAAAUUUUGAAUAUUCUCAAAUUAAAAAAAGGAACUCUUCGCAAUCAAGUAACAAAUCAGACUAUAAUAAAAGAAGUUUAUCUGUUAACGACGAAACUCGAAGAGUUACAUCACUAAUGCAAAACGUUGAAAACAGUAUUUCAGAAAAAAAUAUAAAUAAUGAAAAGCGCGUUAACGAUUUUUUCAAAAAGUUGUAUGCAAGCAUUCCGCCCCCACCAUUAGAGGACCUAACAGAAAACAGUUCAAUUAUUCAACCACAAUUACAUCUCGAAGAUGACAAUGACUUCGAUCUUCCAAAUUAUAGCGAUUUUGAAAACAAUCGAAUAAAUCUCACGAGUGACAAACAAAUUGGUCCGCUGACAUCUACAUUAAAAAGAAAACCAGCUGUUCCCAAUUCAACUAUGAAUUCCUUGAAGUCGGACUCAGAUGAAUUUGAAUCCUGGUAUGAAACUAUCUAUGGAGUAUCGGGUUUGAUAGAGUCAGAUGAAAAUGAAAAUUCAAGUGAUAAUGACUUACCUGACGACUCUGAAAACUUGAUAUCGUGGACGGAGAUAAUUGAGAUGUGUGGAUUUAGUGAAAGUAUUUUUAAAAGUAAAGAGUUAUCAGAAACUGAAAAAUUGAUAAGUCAAUCGCAUAAUUUUAAUCAUAUAUCAGAUAUUUCAGACAUCGAUGAUGACAUAGCUUAUGCAAAAUUCGCCGUUAAUAAAUUACAGCAAUCACUUAAAAUUAAAGGAGCAUUACGAGACUCUUCUUCUGUAGAAAAUUUAAAUUACGAAAGUGAAGUACUGAAACCUAUUGUGCACAUCAAUGCUUCCGUUUAUAGAACGUUCUAUCGCUUAGCGCCUGGUGACGAAGAUGUGCCUCCAGAAAACGAAUUGCAGAAGAAUUCCGAUCGCGUGCUCUCUGAGCACGAAUUGCGGGUCCAGAGGUCACUGCAAAAACUCAAUGUACCGGAAUGGUACAAAAAUGCGCCAGCCCCUCGAGAGGGUUUCCUCCUUCGCAAGCGACUAUCUGACGCAUCAGCGUCUGCGGCACGCUGGAGCGGCCUCAAUUCUAAGACCACUUCGCUUGGGAGCCUCGGCGCAAAUGCGCAGCCACCCCCACCUCAUCUGUCCCCACACACUACUAGCUUUGGUAGAUGGUCCACUAGCCGCCUUAACUCGAACCAGACAUCGCCGUGUUCCUCCACUCGUAGCAGUAUCCGCGGCACAAGUCCUUUGUGCUCACCCUCCACUCGCUCUUCGUUCAGUGCACGGCAGCCAUACCUUGGUUGGAGGAGUCAGGAGAGAUUGAAUACCACCCCGCGAACGCCACACGAGAGGUUAGCCUCGUCUCUUCUUCAGCAAUCCGCAUCAGCAAAAGCGUCAGAAGAAAUCCAAUCAUCGAUCAAAGAAGUUACAUCGGCGAUAGUUCAUUACGUGUCUGGGUUAGAACCAGCUAAUGGGGACAUUGAGAGACAACCCUCGCCCAGAUCCAGUCAGAAAUUGUGUUGGGUUGAAAGUUCGUUUGUUGGUACAAAACCACUAGACUCACCACAAACACCGCUAGUGGUAUCGGAGGCGCUACCCCCACCCCACCCGCGCCCGCCGUCGUCCCUGCGCCUCGACCACCGCGCGGCGCCCGACUGGCAAGAUUCCCAGCGAUCGCUAAACCUGGGUGUAACAAAGCCGUCCCCCGGCUCUACUACGUUAGAGGACGUGCUCGAUUCGCUUCUAGGCCUUCCUUCCCAACCUACGAGGAUACCGACUCCUCAACCCAGUCCAAGGAAAUCAGCUAGCCCAUAUUUUUUGUUAGGUGGAAAGAGCCCGCGAUACGAGCAACUAGCGAGUAGCGGCCAUAGCAGCAUCUCACCCGCCUCGCGCUUUAUCAGUACACCGAGCGACCCCAGCUCAUUCACCGACCCCAGUCCCGAUCGACCAGGGAAGGAUACAGUUGAUGGUCUGGGAACAAUGCAGGAGUCUAGACGUCCGAGAUCGGCGCAGGGCGAACAUUCUAGAAGACGAAGUGAGCCCUUCGCCCAUCCCAGUACGUCUUUAGACCGGCGCACGAGCCUCGACGCUGUCGCCUUUCGCCCCGAAAUCUCUCAUCAUGAUUCCAAAACCUCCCUCGCUUCAUUACAAACAGAAAACAGUACUGAAGAUACUUUUGUUAAAUGCAAGUAUCCAAAAUGCUCCUCACGUGCUUCCUAUACAGAUGCCAAACGCCAUUACAAAACUUGCCAUAACUGCACCACUGUAUAUUGCUCCAAAGAAUGUAGACGAUCUCACUGGGAAAAACAUAGGAAGGUUUGUUUACAUUCCCGUGCAAGUACAUUGUGCCGACAAAUAAUUUCAGCCGCUAAAGAAGACUCUAACUCCUUAACACAAAUAAGUACAAUUGCACAUAAAGGAUACUUAGCCCACGGGAGGGGAGUUGUUAAAGUCUUUUUUACAAGCCCAGAAGCAGCUGAAAAGUUUACAACUCACGGCUACCAAUAUUUAAGUGAGCCCGAAUUUGUAAAAUGGACAUCACUACAACCUAACGAGAUGGGUGCGGAAUUAUAUACUGAAGUAGUAAAACUUUGUAAAGCUUAUAAUCCAGAGACGAGAGUAAUCUUAUACGUGGCUGUUUGCAUAAUUAGUGAGGUACCGACAAAAGGUGCUGUUAAAUGGGAACGACAGAUGGUAUCGAGAUGUGCGAAACUGCGUCUAAGUAAAAUAGUAUCCCAAGCGAUUCAGGAACAAAAUCGAAAACGUAACAGACGAGAUAGCAAAGGAACACUUGAAGAUCGAGAAACAUUGAUACUAACAUCAAAACUCACCAUUGCUGGGGAAAAGAACGCGGCAACAGCACACAAAUUCCGAGAGAUAUGUUUUAGGAAUAUCUUGAAUGAGUUAGAAGGUCGGGGGGUGAUUUUGAAAAAGCAUUUCCCAGAGGUGUAUUCGAGGCUAGCGGCGUACGUGGACGGUACGAGUGACAGGUUCAUUCCAAUGACUAUAUACCCAAGGGACGCGAACAGUGGCAAGUCAUUUGUGUGCGUGAUUAUACCGGACAGUGAAGCGGACAGUACACCAGUGGAUGGGAAGGUCAUUACUGUAGAUGUCGGUGUUGACCGGUCAAAGCACCAACUGUCCACACCGAUG